GUUAACUGGUACUCCUAGUACUAUUAGAAGCUUAUUACUAUACUUAACCAGUAGGACAGUCUGCCAUAUACAAAAACGCAGCGCUCCGGCGUCUAGUUGACCUCAUCAAGGACCAAAUCAUCAAACAGAGAGGAACCAAGGAGAAAACAACAAGGCCACAAAGAGUUCUUUCCUACCAAUCUUUCCCAGCUCCUUUUCCCUCACAGGCUCCACAGUUUCACUGCGGGUAUUGGUGUGCACCAAGCCACGCAGAAGCGCCGCCGGUCCUCGCACGAUUUGAAUGCCUGCAGCGCAGUAGCGAGUGUGUGCGCUGCGCGUCUGAGCCCUUUUUCUCUCGCACCACUUCCCCUCGUGUCGCACUCGCGCCAUUUAAGCGCUACGAGCUCAGCUCGGUAGCGGAAGGGAGACGCCAGCUGCCGCGCACCGAUUUGUCCGGCGGCGGGUCGGCGGAGCAUGGCGGCGGUGGCGGCGGGCGGCGGCGACAGGGCGAGAGCGGCGGAGCAGGCGAGGCUGCCGUGGCGGGAGCAGGAGCCGAGGAGCCCCGACAUAGCCGCGCCGCCGAGGCCGACGCCGCGGCGUUCGCGGCCGGCGAGGGCGGCGGUCGUGUACUACCUGUCGAGGAACGGGCACCUCGAGCACCCGCACUUCAUGGAGGUCGCGCUCUCCAGCCCCGACGGCCUCUACCUCCGAGACGUGAUCGACCGGCUCGACGCGCUGAGGGGCAAGGGCAUGGCGCGCAUGUACUCGUGGGCGUCCAAGAGGAGCUACCGGAACGGGUUCGUGUGGCACGACCUGGCGGACGACGACUACAUACAUCCGGUGAUCGGCCGGGAGUACGUGCUCAAGGGCACCGAGCGCCUGCACCCGGCGGCGCCGCCGCCCCCGCUGCUCGACGCGACCGCCGCGUCCUCGUCGUCGUCGGGCUCGCAGGAGACGCCCACCUCGUCAUCCUCGGCCAGGUGGGAAGCGCGCGGCGGGCCGGCGCACCGGAAGAAGGGCGCCAGCACGGCCGAUGAGCUCGGCGAGUACGUGGUGUACAAGGGCGAGGAGCGCGCCGCGGACGCCGCGACGCAGACCGAGGACGUCGGCCGCAGCGGCCGGUGCCACGGCCACCCGAGGCGCGUCAAGGCUCCCGCGGCGCAGGACGAGCUUAACCGGGCGGACACGUCGCCGCCGACGGCUUCGACGAGCCCCGAGACGCUGGAGGCGCUGAUCAAGGCGGACGGGCGCGUCGUGACGGCCGUCAGCGGCAGCGGCCGGGCCCGGGCGUCGUCCGUGCUCAUGCAGCUCAUCUCGUGCGGGUCUGUGUCCGUAGAGGAGGCACACGCCUCCCCUGUGAUGCCGCGCGCGCACCGCCACCACCACCACCACCGCGCGCGCCCGCCCCGCCCGCCGGCGUCCGCGGCCGCGGAGGUGAUCCCGUCCUACCGCGCGAAGAUCGUGGAGGACAAGGAGUACUUCAGCGGCAGCAUCAUCGAGACCGCGAAGCGCUCGCCGGACGACGACGCGUCCCAGGACAUGGCCGUCCUCCGUCGCUCGUCGUCGUACAACGCGGACAGGGUGAUAAAGCUGGAGCUGGCCAAGGAGGCCGGGGACCUGCAUGACCGCUGCAUCCCCCGGAAGCCCAAGGCCAAGAAGGAGGGGUACCUGGUCAUCUCCUGCACCGCGCAGGGGAAUAACAAGGGAUGAUGACGAGGGCGGCGUCGUCGCCGUCGUCGGCGGCAUGUGGCCGUCAUGCGGCGAGCUGGCUACUGGCGCCUGUGUUGUGUUGUGGACUGUCCGGUAGUCCAGCUCAAUUUGGUGCCGUCUGCUUGUUUAGAUCCUGCCUGUGAUUUCCGAGUGAAGUGAGCUCUGUUGAUAUGUGUGCUGCCUCGUUGUCUGAACUUCGUACUGUCUACUAGUAAUCUGAUUCUGCUCUGUAAACGGGGUUUCAGUGUUAACGUGCUAUUUGGCCUAAAAAAAUGAGAAAUGUUAACGUA